ACAUUAGAUUAUUUUAUAUACAUUGGGCUCAAUUGUUAAUAGAGUCAUGACAUAACAACCAAUGAAUGAAUAGAAGCUUAUAUGUUUAUCAUGAACCUUACUCCAUCAAAUAAAAGCCUUACAUUAAUGUAAUGUUUAUUAAAUUGAUGUAUUUGCUCGCACGUCCACAAUAAACUAGUUACAUUGACAAUCUGUCACCAUGGCGGCUCAUAUUAAACACCAAUCUCAAUUCUCUCUUCUCUCUCAAUCUCACCUUCCUAAUUCCCUCACCACCACCACCACCACCGUUCUCUUCUUUUUCCGGCAAGCCCAAUAUUCUUAUCACCAUUUCCUACACUAGUUAACAACACCAAAAAAAAAUCAAAUUAUUUUCUAUAACCAAUCAUGUACAAACGUAGAUUCAACACCAAACCAGUGUAUGUCGCUGACCCAGAUGAGCAUGAGCUCGAGCUUGAGCCUAAACUCGAGCUCAUCUCAGAAGCCGGGCCAGCUUCUCCUUCUUCUUGUGAAGACACAAAAAUUGAAGAACCAUCACCCAAGAAAAGGAGGGAGAUGAAGAAAAGAGUAGUUACUAUACCGAUCGGUGACGUGGAAGGAUCUAAGAGCAAAGGAGAGACAUUUCCACCGUCGGAUUCAUGGGCUUGGAGAAAGUACGGUCAAAAGCCCAUUAAAGGCUCCCCAUAUCCAAGGGGUUAUUACCGAUGUAGCAGUUCAAAAGGAUGCCCCGCUAGAAAACAAGUUGAACGAAGCCGUGUGGACCCCACCAACCUCCUCGUAACUUACGCCUACGAUCACAACCACUCCCUCCCUCUCCCCAAAUCUCACUCCUCUUCCUCCGCCGUAACCGCCACCGUAACAACCACCGUCGACUCUCCCGGCGAUGACUCUUCCGCCGAAUGCACCGCCGCUACUCCUCCUCAGCCAGAGAAUCCAACUGUUUUCGCCGCCCAUCCUGACUUCGACUUCGCCGGCGAACACCACGCCGUGUUUGGAUGGUUCGACGACGUGGCUUCCACCGGCGUUCUUGUAAGUCCGAUCUGCGGCGGAGUGGAGGACGUGACGCUGACGAUCAGGGAAGAAGAUGAAUCGCUUUUCGCCGAUCUCGGUGAGUUGCCGGAAUGUUCAACGGUUUUCCGAAAGAGGAAUAUUCCGAGUGCCAUUCAGUGUAGUGGCAUCACAGGAUAAUGUUGUGGACCCUUUUUGUAUUGUGAUUAUAUUAUUAUAAUAUAAUAUUCAGGGGAUGAAAAUCGUGCGGUAUUAAAGAAAUUUGAAUUAUUAGAAAGAAAGAAUUAAAUAUGUUUAUUUUACAGAUCAUGGAUAUUUUUUUAAUAAUCUUGCUUUUUGUACAUUUGAAUAAAUAAUUGAUUAUUAGCAGCUACAUUUCUGUAUUAUUGAUUUUUCUUGUUUUGUA